UUCCCACAAGAGCACAGUCCCAAUUUAUUCUGUUCACUAUUUCAGCUCCACUAUGACACAUUCCAUUUUGUUGCUUGGACUUCUAAUAGUAGCACACUAUUAUAGUGGUUCUCAAGCAAAAAAUGCUUUUUCACAGUACUGGGAAGAGCAUAUUAUUGAUCUUCCACACCCUCCAAAUUGGUUAGCUGCUAAGGCUUCUCCAUUAAGUCACCAUCAAGUGGCAGUGUUUGUGAAACUUAUUGAGGAAAAUGAAUUGUAUUCUCACCUACGUUCGUUCUGUAAGCAGGCUAAUGCUGCUUGUUCUACAAAUGCACUGGUGAAGAAGAAAACGACAGACAUAACUUUGCCACCAACAGCCCAGUGGAAUGGUGACAAACUGAAAUAUGAAGACUUUCCAAAUGAAACACCAUUGUCGGUUGCUAGCCAAGGGGGAUUACCAUAUUUUCGGAAGUCAAUGGUUAAGGAGGGAGGUUUCAUACAUGUCCCUGAUCUAAGGGACCCAAUGUCUUAUAAAUCAUUCUUGCCACAAUCUAUGGCAUUAAAAAUCCCAUUUUCCUUAGCUCGGAAAAAUCAAUUAAAGCAGCUUUUUGGUGUGGUGGAUAAAUCAGUUAUGGAUGAGUAUAUUGAAAACACCCUUGAGAUAUGUGAGAAAAGACUUAUUGGAGGUGAAAAAGGAACUUGUGCAGUUUCAGCAGAAGAUCUAAUUGAUUUUGUUGUCGAGAAAUUAGGGCAUCAUAUACGCUUAUGGAGUACUAAGAGCAUUGAAGGAUCUUAUGAGAAUGUUACAAUUGGAGUUGUGAGACUCAUCUAUGGAAACCUCUUAAAACCACCAGUCUUAUGUCAUAGUAUGCCAUUUCUAUUUCAAGUCUAUUAUUGUCAUGUAUUACCUAAAGUAAAAGUAUAUGCAGUUGAUAUACAUGCAAGGAAGAAAGUGAAUCAUGCCAUCAUGGCAUGCCACUAUGAUACAUCAUCUUGGAAUCCUAACCAUAUUGCUUUUAGGCUGCUAGGUUUUGGCCCUGGCCUAAUUGAAGUCUGCCAUUGGAUAAAUGAGAAUGGAGUGGUUUGGACACCAACUCUAGAUUGAGAAGAAUUUUAAGAUUUGGUUAUCACAAAACUCUCUUGUUUGUAUUACAUGUUACUGCAUAUGAUAUUUGAAGGAUGAAUAAAGUCAUAUCUAAAGUUUCAA